GAGAAGUCAGUGAAUGAAAUCAAAUCGGUGAAUGUACUCAAAACAAAAAGUAAAAGUUUUUGUAUAUUGUAUGACACGCGCCGCUUUCUACGUGUACCUGUAUCUUUGAUUCCUGUGUACAUACUACGAGUAUUAUACUACCCUAUUUCAUAAUUAUUAGGUGAGUAAGACCUCGACAUCGUAGAAGGAGCCGAAUAGAUUCACCAGAGAUGGAGCUAGUCAGCCAGAAAAAAGUGAUGUUGAACAAUGGUGUUGAAAUGCCACUUGUUGGAUUUGGUACUUUUCGAAUACGGUCUGCUGAAGUCAUAAUGAGUGUGGUUGAGAGUGCUCUUGCGGCUGGUUACAGACUUUUUGACACAGCUACAGUAUAUGGCAAUGAGGUACACCUAGGAAAUGCUCUCCGGUUGCUGCUACCAAAAUUUGGCUUAACACGCCAAGAUAUUUUUAUAACUACCAAGCUUUCACCAAGAGAUGCUCACACUAAAGAAAUUAUAAAGGAAGCUUGCCGUAAGUCAUUAGCCAGUUUAGGAUUUGAAACAAUUGACUUGUAUUUGAUUCACUUUCCGGGCAUGGCGAAUUUGAGUUCAGCUGAUACUCAGAACAUAAAAUUACGCUCUCAAGCUUGGGAAGCUCUGGUCGAAUGCUACAACGAAGGACUAGUUAGAUCCAUUGGUGUCUCAAAUUACACUAUUAGACAUCUCCAGGAAUUAGAAGUCCGUAAUUAUGGAGUGGUCCCUGCCGUAAAUCAGGUCGAGUGUCACCCAUACUUUCCACAAAAGGAACUGCUACAAUAUUGCCAAAGAACUGGCAUCGCGCUACAAGCUUAUUGCUCGCUUGGAGGCACCUCUUCAGGUACAGCUACACUACUCCAUGAUCCUGUCGUUAUCAAUGCUGCCCAAAAACUAGGCGUCAGUAGCGGGCAACUCCUGUUGGCCUGGGCUACGCAGCAAGGAAUAAGCGUCAUUCCAAAAUCAACUCACGCGGUACGCAUCAAAGAGAAUAUAUCUCUUAAUUUUAAAAUACCCGAUGAAUAUAUGAAGGCCUUAGAUAAACUUGGGGCCACAAACACAAAAUAUGCUUGGGAUCCAUCAACUGUUGCUUAACUUAUCAAUCAUCAAAUAGCUAGGUCUAAAUGUCAGCCGCUUGUCUGUUACAAUUUACAGACAAUUUGACUAUGAUGUUACAAUCAAUCAAAAGAUGUACCUAACAUAUACAAUUAGACAAUGGCUUAUUAUAGUUAUUAUUAACCGGGCAACUAAAGUAUUGAACAGUAACUUUCGCUGGGCAUAUAAUAUAAUUUGGCUGUGCAUUAAUACACAAAACACCACUAAUUUAUUUACCAAUGGUCAGUACCUAUACUUAUAAUCGAAAUUCCUAAUUAUGAAACACCUGUUGGCCAUUAUGCCAUUAAGUUUUUAAAUUUUUUAUUACUAAUUUCAAUAGUUAUCAGUGUUAUCACGGUGUUCUGCAAGAGUCUUAAUUUUAGUACCCAUUUCUAUUUUUUUAAACUACUCAAAUUCGAUUAAUUAGUUGACCGGUUAAAUACGUGCCUUAGACAAUUACUAGGUAGUUGUGUGCGCUGUUUACUUAAGAGGAAGUUCUUUUAGGCUCUCGGUCCUUAUUUUACCGCUUUUCCGAUUAAUGGUUUCUUAGAUAAUGUUGUCAUAACGAGUCACAAAAAAAGAAAAAAAGAAAGAAAGAAAGGAAGACUCAUGUGACUCUUAAUCAACACUAGUUGUUGUUCUAUCCCGAAUAAAGUACCGAAAAUAUCAAAAUGUCUGGUGAAUGUCGAUAGGAAUGUACAAUUUUUAACGUUAUGGCAUAAUAGUGUUUUCCGCAAAGUACAAAUUACGAUGCAUUUUUAGGGUUUCGUAGUCAACUAAAAGAAACCCUUAUACUUUCACUGUGUCCGUCUGUCUGUCCGUUCUCGGCUUUGCUCCGAGAGACCAAGAGCAGUUGAAGCUACUAAAAGUCACCUAUCCCCAUAGAGUUGAUGUUCUAUUUUUUUAUCAGGUGGGUUUCAUGGGGGCCACCAAAUUUUUUAUAUAGAUACUAAGGUUUAUUUAUAAAUUAUGAUAAAUUGAUAAGUGAUAACGGUAUGGUGAACAAGUACUUAGUUUAAAAAUUGAUUUCAGCCGAGUUUUGUAGGGAACCUUUUUAGGGUUUUUUAAGUAUACCUGUACAUGCUCUGUACCUGCUAAGAUAUAAGUAGACUAUUAGAAUAGUAUUAUUAUUUAAUAUACAACUUUUUUAUGAUCAUGAUCACCCGCGACUUUUAUCGAACCUUGAAUGCAUUUGACAAUGUGGUUUAAACUGACUCUCUAUUAAUUUUUUUUCUGAAUCAUAUUUUAAACCCAAAUCUACUUCCACAUAUUACAAUUGUGAGUAAUUUCUUUUAUUAGAAAUAUAAACACCUAAGUGCCGACUAAUCUCUUAAGACUGAAACUGUGUCGCGUAGUGCUUAAAAUUAUUGGUAAACAAUUGCGUCCAUUGGAUAUUUCUCGAAUUUAAAAGACAUAACCCGCUGACAUAAAUGGUGAAAUCAUUGUUAUCUCGUAAAUGUUAGGUAGGUAUCUACAAUUAAAAGCUUUACAUCUACUUAGCCUUUGCCCAAGAUUUCUUCAACUAUUAAUCACAAUCACAAAUACACAAACCUAAAAAAGAACGGAAAAACCUACUAAUCUAACGCAUUACACGCUUUAAAACAAUAUCUACCAUGUACUCGUAAUUCCGUCGUGUUUAUCGUACCUACAAGCCGUGCAAGCGUUACUGAAGAAUACUCAUUAUGUUUAAAAAGUUUGUUAAGAUACAAUCCAAUCCAAUACUAUCACUAUUACAAUUACGAUCUUAGCCAUCUCGUUGACGUUGUUACUGUGAUAGGUGUGAUACCUACUUAGGUUUUAUUUUGAGUAUUAAAAUUUUGUUACUUUAGUGAGUUAAGUAAAUUUAAUGUAUUACAAUUGAUAAUAUUGGUUGAUAAAAAUAAAUCGAAAAUAUUUUGAAAA